GUCUACUUGAAAACCGAGUUUCUAUUGGCGUUCAUUGUCGGAGCAAAUAUAAUAUGCUAUCCUCUCAUACCAAAAGUCACACGCUCGAUCGAUGAUACCCCUUUAAUACUAUUAAAACCUUUCCAAAGUGUUAAGCAAUUCAAUUUCCCCCAAUUCUCUUGCUCUAUCUCUCCCAAAUCGUACGAUUUAGAAAACCCUAAUGUGAUAAAUGCUACUUUAACCCCCAAUUCUGCAAACCCUAGAGCUCGUAGCUUUUGAUCCUCGUUAAAAUUCUCCUUUUUAUAUCGUUUUUGUAAUGAAGAAUCCUACGGACGUUUUUGAGUUCAAAGUUGAGGAGCAGCCUUCGGAAACCGAAGCUAAUAGGUUUUGCAGCAAGUAUACAUUCACCCAAAAUGGUGCACGAGGAACCAAUAUAAACUCGAAGGAGACUGGUGAUGAACCUACUGUAGACAUGGAAGCAGCUGACGGUGAUUUCAAUGGUAAAAGUGCUCGCUCAACUCUGGAUGCAGAAGAUUGUAGUGAUGAGAGAAUGCUGAGAUUGGGUGGCAUUCCAACAAUUACUUCGACAAAACAAAGGCGAUAUCCUGAUAGGGAACCUAACAAUUGUAUAGAUGGAAGUUUCUUGGAAGGCAGUUCAUAUACUGGAACAGCUUUUCAGGAGAUUUUCCAUGGAUCUCCUUCCAAAGAUGAAUCAGUUGGCACAGAUUCUGAUGUUGAUGAAAGCAGAAGUGAUGAAUCAGCAUCAUACUCAUCUGCCACCCGAGACAAUUAUGACAUCUUGGAUGGACCAUUAUCAAAUCAUCAGUUUGACCAGUGGGGAAUGUUUGAAAACAAGCCAAUUGUUUUCUGUCCUGAUUAUCUCUAUUAUCGAGGAACAUCCUACGCAGUCACAGACACUACAGUAACCUUUUCCAGUAAUUGUGUUGAGGUCAAAGGCUCAACAAUGAACGGGAAUUCAGAGACAUCUUGCAUUCGCUUUGGAGUUGAAGACAUAUUCCAAAUUCAAUCUCAUUUGUCAGGGAGGUUUGACGUGGCUGUGUUUAAGAUCCAUGUAAAUAAAAGAUCAACAACACAAAGUGAAAAUGCUCACGAGAGUUCUGUGCUUAAUGUCAAAGGUAUUGAGGAGGUGGAGUUUGCUGUUAAUGAUUUUGACUUGUCCGAGAAAUGUGAAGCAAUUCAAUCUUUGGAUGGCUACAAAGCAGUAUGGAACUACAAUGAGAUUGAAGAAUGGAGGGAGAAUUCACAUGGAGAAACAUCAAAUCAGCAAUCUAAGAAAUAUUUUCCAAGUUACGGUGAGCCGCUUGAAGAAGUUUAUUAUCCUAAAGGAGAUCCUGAUGCUGUUUGCAUUAGUAAAAGGGACUUUGAUCUUCUGGCACCAGAAACAUUUGUCAAUGAUACAAUUAUUGAUUUCUACAUACAGUAUUUAAAGAAUGGAAUUCCACCAGAGAGGAGGCAACGAUACCAUUUCUUUAACUGUUUCUUUUUUCGAAAGUUGGCUGACAUGGAUAAAGAUCCAACCAGUGCAUUUGAUGGCCGUGCUGCUUUUUUGCGUGUCCGUAAGUGGACAAGGAAAGUGGACUUAUUUGAUAAGGACUUUGUUUUCAUUCCUGUAAAUUACAAUUAUCACUGGAGUCUGAUUGUCAUAUGCCAUCCUGGUGAAGUGGCUAACUUUACAGAUGAUGAUACUGCAGUUGGCCCAGUCAAAGUACCAUGUAUAUUGCACAUGGAUUCUUUUAGAGGAAGUCAUGUGGGUCUCAAAGAUCUUCUGCAAAGCUACCUCUGGGAGGAAUGGAAAGAGAGGACAAAGGAAACGUCUGAUGUUGUCUCCUCAAAAUUUCGAAAUUUGAGAUUUCUCUCUCUUGAGCUACCACAACAGCAAAAUCUAUCAGACUGUGGUCUCUUUUUACUACACUAUGUGGAGCACUUUUUGGCGGAAGAUCCUGCUUGUAUCAGUCCAUACAGGAUAAAGAACUACCACAAUGAAUUUCUUAGCGUAAACUGGUUUCAACCUCAUGAGCCUUCUAUAAAGCGCAGUGCAAUUCAAAGACUAAUCAGUAACCUCCUCAAGAACCUUUCUCUAGAAAAUUCUCCCUCUUGUGCGAGUGACAGUUGUUAUCCUGAAGAUGGUCUCAAGACAAGCAAUUAUGAUGAAAAUGCUGUAGAAUUAGUAUCUGAGCAAUUUGGUUCAUCAAAGAGUUCAGACAAUUUACCAUGUUCUCAAGCUAAUGAGAUAAACCCAUUUCCUACUUCCUCCCUCAGGGGUGUUUGUGCUAGUGAUUCAGGCCUUGUUUUGAACGAAUCUUUUGAGCCUGAAUCUGAUGAAGAGUCAUUGCUUGACAUGCGCUUUGGUCACUCAGCAUCUUUUAACGAGUUUAGGAGUUCGUUGCCACCAAUACAGGAAGAGGUAGAAGCUAGAGAUCACCUCGUGUAUACGUCAACUGAGACUGGUCUCCAGCAUCUGGGUGGUAGUGGAUCUGAACCCUGUGCUUUAUCCUAUUCAUCAGGGUCUCUGACUGCUGAAGCUUCCUGGAUACCUGGAGUGUCAGUUGUCGAAGCUGUGGACGAGGAAGACUCAUCACCAACUAAUUCAGUCCACGACUCUGAAAAUCCAUUGGAAGUUGAGGUUGUAGAACCAUGCAGAGUAGAUCAAAACAUGAAUUCAGAUGACAAAAUUAAUCAUCCAAAAUCUGCAUCUGUCAAUAAUAUUGAUUGUUUGGUUGAUGGCGAAGCCACUUCUGGCGAGCUGCUGGACAUCACUUUGGCACAAUGCUCUGCCGAGACACAUGAUAACAGUGAUACUGGUCCUGUCACCUCUUGCCAGGAAAACCUAUAUGAUAUCCAUGGAAAUGGAAACCUUGCCUGUAAACGUUUGCUGCUCAUGGGUAGCGGUCCUGGCUCAGAAGCAGAUGCUCAACACAAUGUGAAAAGGAUACGGCUUACACCCUUGGAUGAAGGGGAAGUAGCAUUUAGAAGUAACUUGUUAGAUGAUCUGCAUUUGUAGAUUAACGUAUGGGAAUCUUAUCAAGCAUUCUUUGCUCUCAAGGAACUAGGAAUACAAGAUUAUCUGUUAGAUGCACACCCCAUCCUGUGAAUAUAUUUUAGUGGGUAAUAUCUGUACACCCGAGAUCUGAUUUGUUGUAAAUGCUCUUAACCCGGGUUUUGGUAUCAUCCAGUUAGGCACUAAUAGGUGCUUGAUAUACAGUAUUUGGACUGAUCGCGAAUGCUGUCUUAUUUUAGUUUCUUAUCUAUGCUAACAGAUAUUUGGUUGAA